GUUAUCCAUCUCCACAUCUUGCUUUGACAGUGUCAAGCUUGGCCUGAGCUCUUCCAUUUGGCAUUGAAAUCCAUGCUGCUGUUCGAACCUCGUGACCGACAUACGUCGAAGUUCGCAGGUUCUUACGGCUCCUCUAGAUCUCCGGGGUGGCGUCACAGGGCGAGAUUAGAAAUGGGAGGGUGGCAGGAGAACUACGAGUCCAUAUGCGAAGAGGUGUGAGUGCGAGGCCAGGGAAGGAAGAGCUGGGCCAGACCGGAAGCUUUAAACAUUUAUUAGCCCUGCCGCCCUUGAAGGUUCGUAUGGCCCGUGGUGAGUCUCGCACACCUGGCAGAGCCUUAGGCGAUGGCGGAUGAACAGCUCCUCGACAAAAUCCAAAGCCUCAGCGACCUGGAACUUGCAGCACUCCUUUGCCUCAUCGCCCGGGAGCACUGCCUGAUUAGCACCGAACACGACAGUGUCGACGAGCUUGCCGAGGAGCUGCGCCUGAUCGCCUCUAAAACCUUCAACCUCACUUCCGCUAUCAUCAGCUGUCACGCACACACGACGCUUGACGAGUUCGCGGCCAGCUUGCUGGUUCACCCUGCUGGUGCAGCCCCGUCAUCGAGCAACACACGCUCCGUUUCCCCUUACCGCCCGCGUUAUGAGCGACCUCAGUCCUCAACGGGAGGCCCGACCGCUACGCCGGGGUCUUACUUUCCGAUCACACCGUCUCCACGCAUCGGCGGUCCCAUAAGCCCGUCCUCGCCCUCUAUCGGCGCCAGCGGAAGCAGUUCACAGGCCCCGCGAAUCGCCAAUGUCAUCCUCGCCAAGGACCUCGACCGUGCUCCGCGUGCUGUCCAGAUUCAAGCACUCGAGCUCUUACGCACGCGGCGCAUAUUUACGCGGACCAGCCGGCAAACGGCUCCGAAGCAGUUCCUCUUCAUCGCUUUGGUUGGCGCAAUGAGCGGCGGACAAGCCCGCGUAACGCCACAUCUCAACGAUUUCUUCUACCUCGCGCAUUGGCACGAUCCAGAGGAGGACGGGUUUCCCUUUUUAGAAGAGGAGAUCGGCCGACAGGACGAAAACACCGUACUCGACGACGACGCAUCCACGAUCUCCAGCAAUAGCGUAGUAAAAGUAAAACAGCAUUCCUCAACCCUCGGAAUGGGACUCGGCAUCCCCACCACCGAGCAGACAUGGCUUACCCGCAACAACAGUAACGCCAGCCGCAGCAGCAGACAUAGCAACAGCAUCCCCAAGCUCAGCCAGCCCAUGCCUGAGUCCCCAUCAUCCGUCCCCCUAUUCUCAGAAGAAGACAUCUCCCAUAUCUCUCUGCUCUCGCAGAAGGCACACACCUCAAUAGAAGUGACCCGCUACCAGGCCAACAUCGUUGCCUUCCUACGUACCCACCGCGUCGUCGCGAGUGGCAUCACCCCCAGCGCCACCAGACACCUCGAGACGCUGUGCAAGUCCAUGGCGCCGCUGCACGGGCUGGAUUAUGUGACGCCCUCGCUGGUGGCGCUGGCGGUUAGGAAGGUGUAUCUGCACCGGAUCCAGAUCGUCACGGACCCGGCGCGUGAGAGGAGCGUGCAGUGGGGGAGCGAUGUCAGAGUUGUGGGGCAGUUGUUGGACGGAGUGGGACCGGAGGAAGUGAUUGAAGAGGUGUUGGGGAUGGUUGGCGUUCCUACCUGAGUAGGGUUAGGUUAGGUACUCGGCUACGACAUGAUAGGGUAUAGGGAUACAAGAGGGAAGCUCAUCAUGAGGGUUUGGUAAUCAAUGUGUAGGGAAUAGAAUCUAGAGGGUAAUAGGUUGGUUUGGGAAUGGAUAGGCUAUAUCGCCCUGUUCAAGAGGCGAUAGAGAAAUUGAACACAAGAUUGAGUCCCAACC